AUGGAGGCACAUGGGAAGAAUUUCGUGGGCGACGGUGCAACGGCCGUGACAGCCAAGCGGCGUUUCUAUGCGCCACAAGAAGAGCUCAAGCAGAUGCACCAGCACUGGAAACACUGGCGAGGCUCAGCGCGGAAUGCCUGGGGAGGCAUCGAAGACCCUGAUUUGCUGAAGUACUCCAGCUCCUGGGGCUUUCUGAGCGCCCUCCUGCCGGGCCGCAAGCGGUGCUCACGUGAGCGGUGCGCGCGUGCAAGUCGCGGGGAGCCGACCCGAGAAAGUGGAAAGCACAAGAAGCACAACCACAUUUGGUGGGCCUGCCUUGCCGCAUUACCCGGCAGCUUUCAGUAUGGCUGGGGCUUGAGCGUGAUCAAUGUACCACAAGCCAGUGUUUGUGCAUCCUUGGCUUUGGCCGAGGGCUCCUUCGCGUGGUCGCUUCUGGUCGCCAUUCUGUCGCCUUCUGGGCUGCUUGGGGCAUGGCUUGGGCCCACGGUCGUGAGACGCCUUGGGCUGGUGAGAGCCCUGCGUAGCACCGCCCUCUUCUUCGUGGUCUCCGGGAUGCUCUUUCCGAUGUCGGCCCAAGCUGCCAACAGCAGCUGCCUGUCCUUAGCCUACACCCUCUUCGCGCUGGGCCGGAUCGUUGCGGGCAUCGGAGCAGGGGCGGCCACUGUGUUUGUCCCACUGUACCUUGGGCAAAUCGCCCCUCUGGAGCUCCGCGGGGCCAUCGGGAACUUGCAUCAGGUGGCCAUUGUGCUGGGACUUCUGGUUGCGCAGCUGGCUGGCGCCACUCUGUCCUGGCCAUGCGCGCUGGCCCUCGCAGCUGCCUUCGGCAUUCUCCAGAUUCUUCUCAUGCCCCGGCUGCUGGACGUCCAGGAGGAUGUGCAGGAGUCCACGGUCGAAGCAGCGGGAGAGAGCAGGGGCUUCCGGGCGCUGCUGACAGAUCCCGGGGUGCGGCGGCCGCUUUUCAUGGCCAUCGUCCUCAUGGCGCUGCAGCAAUACAGCGGCAUCAACGGCAUCUGGUACUACAGCACGGGCUUCUUCGCCCAUGCGGGGCUGUCCAACCCCCUGGCCGGCACCCUUCUCUCCUCGCUGGUCUUCAUGGUGGCCACCCUCCUGGCUGUGCCACUUAUUGAGCAGGCAGGCCGGCGCGCUCUGCUUCUUCGGGGUCAGGCUGGGGCGCUCCUGUCACUGUCCCUACUCACGCUGGCGAUGUGCCUGAAAUCGGUUAAUGUCAGCAUCGGCUUGAACGGCUUACUGAACGCGCUCGUCGUGAUGGCCGUGCUUGGAUUUGUGUCGUCCUUCGCGGUCAGCUUAGGGCCAAUCCCAUGGCAGAUUGCGAAUGAGAUAUUUCCUCUGCGCUGCCGCGCAGAGGCACAAUGCCUCAUCGCCUCGUUGUGCGAAGUCUUCAGCGCAAGUGUUGCCCUGGGCUUUCCCGUGCUUCAGCGCUCUUUGGGCUCGAACCUGGCGUUCGCACCCAGUGUUCUGGUCCUUUUCGCUGGCAUCUUCGUCGUCAAGAAGAAUCUGCCAGAAACAAAGAACCGAAAGGUGGAGGAUGUCUUGGCUGAGUUCAACCAGAGGUGA